AUGCUCUUCAAGCCCCUCGUUGCUUCUCUCUUCACCCUCGGGUUGGCCACUGCCCUCCCGGGCGGCGACCACGGCCACAACCUCCCUGGCCACCGGGAUCACGAUCGACAUGACGAUCACGGAUUCCGUGGCCCGGCCCUCGGCAAGCACUUUUGCGGCAACGUGGCCGUCUGGAACGCUCGCCUGAGGGCCUGCGUCUGCAUCAAGGACGGGCUCGUCUUCGACUCCAACACCAAGUCCUGCUACGUCGACUGCGGCCGGGAGGCCUACUUCAACCGCAACUCCCGCCAGUGCGUCUGCAAGAACAACGAGCUCGAGUUCAACCCGCGCAACAAGGACUGCUCCUGCCCCCGCGGCAAGAAGUGGGAUCGCGAGGCUCGACGAUGCCGUUCUUGGGUCGACUGCGGCCGCGAGGCCGUCUUCGAUCCCCGCUCGCGCCAGUGCGAGUGCAAGGAUCACCGCGAGGAGUUCAACCCGCGCUCCAAGACGUGCGACGUCGACUGCGGUCGGGACGCCACCUUCGACCGCCGCUCCCGCCGGUGCGAGUGCAAGGACCGCCGCGAGGAGUUCAGCUGGAAGACCAAGCAGUGCCGCGUCGACUGCGGCCGCGAGGCCACCUUUGACCGCAACUCGCGCAAAUGCGAGUGCAACGACCGUCGCGAGGAGUUCCACUGGAAGACAAAGACCUGCUCCCGCUACGGCCACCGCGACCACGGCCACAAGCGCGAUCUCCGCUGCGGCCGCGAGGCCGACUUUGACCGCAAGCUCAACAAGUGCGUCUGCAAGAUCCGCACCAUGGACUUUAACCCUCGCAACAAGGACUGCGCGUGCCCCCGCGGCGAGACCUUCAGCGUCCGCGCUCGCCAGUGCGUCGUCGACUGUGGUCGCGAUGCCACCUUCAACCCCCGCAGCCGCCAGUGCGAGUGCCGGAACCGCCGCGAGGAGUUCCACGCUCGCACCAAGACGUGCCGCCCUGACUGUGGCCGUGAGGCCAACUGGGACGGACGAUCCCGCAAGUGCGAAUGCAAGGCCCGCGGCAAGCGCUUCGACGUGCGCUCCAAGAGGUGCCACUAA